AUGAAAAGAUCAUCGUCGAAUAAAUCAAUUGAUAAAAAACGGCAGCCAACAAUAGUAUCAACUGAAUGUAAAAUUUGUGGAGAUUCAGCUAUAUAUUCAUUUUUUGGUGUUGUAUCAUGUAAUUCAUGUAAAGUAUUUUUUAAACGAAAUGCUCAACAAGGGCAGAAAGCAUUGAAAUGUUAUUGGAAUGGUAAUUGUGAAAUAAAUAUCAAUACUCGUCAUGUAUGUGCUUCUUGUCGACUUCGUAAAUGUAUUAUGAAUGGUAUGCAAGCUGAAAUGAUUCGAGGAUCUUAUUCAAAAAAAUAUAAAAUAAGGGAAAAAACAAAUGAUAUGGUUAAUCCAAUACAAACAACAACAUCAACAGUUGUAGCUAGAUUAAAUCAACUUGAACAGUUUCCAACUUUGAAUCUUUUACAAUCAGAUCAAUCAACAUUAACUGCCGAUCAAUGGAAUCUUAUCUCAAACAUAUCACAUUGUUAUAAUGAACAUAGUGGACUAGCAAUUGGUGAAAGUUUCAUGCUUCAACAAAGUAUUUUACCUAUUAAUUUACGUUUUCAAAGUGAUUCACUCAUCGAAUUUUUCCGAAUGGAAUUAGAUCAAACUGAAUUAUUAUAUAAAAACAAUCGAGAUUUUCUUUGUUUAUCUUCAAAUGAUCGUUCUAUUUUACUUCAUUAUACAAUUAAAUAUGUGGCAUGUAUUUCUUCGAAUUUUAUUUUUCAUUUAAUCGGGUUGUGUAAUUAUCCUUCUUUUUAUGAAGCUGUUAGAUUAGUUACUAAUCCAAUUGUAGAAACUACUGUCAAACUUAUACAAAGUCUACUUAAUUUUGAUAUAAUAACUAUGAAAUUAUUUCUUGCUAUUCUUUCAUUCUCAACAACAACCUAUACAAAUACUUCUACAACAACUUUCUCAAAUACAAAACAAAUAUUAGAUAUUCAAGAUAGAUAUAUUGAAUUAACAUGGAAAUAUUUACUCUAUAAAUAUAAUUUUAAUCAAGCUGUUAAAUAUUUUUCUAAUCUUAUUCGAUGUGUACUUGCUGUCAAUGAUGCUUUAGCUAAGGCAGAUGAAGUUCAAUGGUUCACAGAAGAAAUAGAUUUUCUUGUUGAACAGACCAAACACACUUUGACAUUCGACGGUUAA